AUGGCGGCGCUCGGCGCGGGCCCGUGGCUGCUGCUGGCGGCCGUGCUGUGCUCGGCGGCGGCGGCCGAGCCGCGCUGCCCGUCGUGCCCGGCGGGCGCGGAGCGGCGGCUGCUGGAGGAGGUGGCCAAGAAGCAGCUGCUGGAGAAGCUGCGGCUCCGCGAUCGCCCGCGGCUCGCCCACGCCGUGCCCCGCGCCGCCGUGGCCCGCGCCCUGCGGCGGCUGCAGGCGGGAGGCGCCCGCCGGGGCCCCUCCGGGGAGGAGGAGGAGGAGGAGGAGCGGGGCUACGAGAUCAUCAGCUUCGCGGAGACGGAUCUCACAUCCCCCUCCGGUUUGGGGCUGCAGUUCCAGUUCAGCCAGGCGCAGGACCAGGACAUUCGCAUCCUGCAGGCUCAGCUGUGGCUCUACCUGCGAGUGCCCCGGCCCGGGCUCACCCUGAGCAUCUUCCUGGCCCCUGGGGCGGGGGGCAACCGCACGCUGCUGGGGGAGAGGCGGCUGAGCGCGGCGGGGAGCGGCUGGAGCUCCUUCCCCCUCCUGCCCGCCCUGCGGAGCUUCUUCGGGGGGCAGAGCCGGACGCUGCGGCUGGAGCUGGAGAGCCGCGGAGACGGGGGGGACAUCGCGGCACCGCUCAACGCCAGCUGGUCCCACCAGCCCUUCCUGGUGGCCAAGGCGAAGGUGCGGGAGCCCGAGCACCGCGUGGCCAAGCGCAGCCUCCGCUGCAGCCCCAACUCCAGCCUGUGCUGCCGCAAGGACUUUUACGUGGACUUCCGCGACAUCGGCUGGAACGACUGGAUCAUUAAGCCCGAGGGCUACCAGAUAAACUACUGCGUGGGCCAGUGCCCCCUGCACGUGGCGGGCAGCCCCGGGAUGGCCUCUUCCUUCCACACGGCCGUCUUCAACCUCGUCAAAGCCAACAACGUGCAGGCGUCGGGGCAUUCCUGCUGCGUCCCCACCCGGCGCCGCCCGCUCUCCGUCCUCUACUUCGAUCGCAACAGCAACAUAGUCAAGACUGACAUUCCCGACAUGAUUGUUGAUGCCUGUGGCUGUAGUUAGGGCUGGGGGAGCCGUGCUGGGACCCCCCCCCUUCUCCAGGACUGUCUCUCUGGUGGAGGGGGAGGGAGCUGGAGAGCUCCCGUGAGCUGGAGCCAGCCCGGGGUGCAGUGGAGCCCUUUGGAAAGGUUGGGAGGGAGGGAGAG